AUGGCCUCAACGGAUUAUGAGCUCCCCGGAGCAUCACCUCCCAAAUCAAGCGCCGACUAUGUUGAAGAAAAGGGUCUAGGUGAUAGCACCGAUCCCACCAGGUUUCUCUCCGAGUCACACAAGGCUUACCUGGUUGAGCGGCAUGACACUCUGGACCUCGAUCCUAUUCCUAGCAUGGACCCUGCAGACCCAUACAAUUGGCCGCUCUGGAAGAAAACGGCUAAUCUGAGUCUGGUCGCCUUCCACGCCUGCAUGGGCACCUUCACAGCCGCUGCAAUUAUCUGUGCCUACGAAGACAUAGCUGAAGAUCUCGGGGUUUCACUUCAACGCGUAUCGUAUUUGACAUCCCUCCAGAUUGCCAUCCUUGGUGGAGCCCCGUUGUUCUGGAAGCCGCUUUCCCAUCGAUUUGGGCGGCGCCCGAUCUUUCUUCUCUCCUUGAUUCUGAGCUGUGUUUGCAAUAUCGGAUGUGCAAAGAGCCCCGAUUAUGCAUCUAUGGCGGCGUGCCGUGCAUUGGUGGCGUUUUUCAUUUCCCCUGCUAUGGCUAUCGGCAGCGGAGUCGUCACGGAAACAUUCUUCAGGAACGAGAGAGGGCGAUAUAUGGGCAUUUGGACUGUCAUGGUGACGCUGGGUGUUCCAACGGGGCCGUUUAUCUUUGGCUUUGUUGUCCAGAGAGUGGGCUACCGCUGGAUCUACUGGAUUUUGGCUAUUAUAAAUGCCGUCGAGUUUAUCCUUUACAUCUUCUUCGGCCCCGAAACCCGCUAUAUCGGCUCGAAUGUCCAGGCUCAAUCGUCUGCGUUCAAGCACCAGUACAUGUCCCUCCGCCGGAUCGACCCGACUCCGAUCAAAUGGACCGAAUUCACUCAUCCUUUGACCCUCAUUACCAAUGUUCCCGUGGUCCUUGCAGCCGUCGCAUACUCCAUGGUCUUCCUCUUCGCCUCAGUACUGAACUCCGUCGAAGUGCCCCAACUGCUGCAAACCAAGUUCGAGCUUAAUGCCCAGCAGCUCGGUCUCCAGUUCCUCGGCUUGAUCGUCGGCUCUCUUCUCGGUGAGCAAUUGGGCGGCUUCAUGUCCGACAUGUGGAUGAAUUCCCGUGCAAGACGUAUCGGCCACAAGCCUGCGCCUGAAUAUCGGUUGUGGUUGAGUUAUAUUGGGUUCUUACUGGCUAUUGCAGGCAGCGUUGUGUUCCUGGUCUGUACGGAGCAGGCUGAACCUGGCAAAUGGACUGUUACACCCGUGGUUGGAACUGGUAUUGCUGCGUUUGGAAACCAGGUCGUUACUACCGUUUUGACUACCUAUGCGGUGGAUACAUAUCCGCAGGAUGCGGGUAGUGUGGGCGUUUUUAUUAACUUUAUUCGCUCGACUUGGGGAUUCAUCGGACCUUUCUGGUUCACCUCCAUGUUCGACAACGUCGGCAUCGCUGCUAGCUCCGGUGUGGUGGCAGCUUUGAUUAUGGGUGCCGGCUUUUUCCCAACGGCGUUUCUGCAGUGGCAGGGGAAGAGGUGGUAUAGCCAUGACACGGAUAAG